AUGAGCUCAGAGUCUCAAUCAGGUCCUAUUCCCCGUAAAACUCCCCACACGCGAGAUUAUUUCUACGUCGGUGGCUCCUACGUGACCGGGUCAGAGGGAUCAGAGAUUGUUCAUGGACAGCUAUACGUCGAACACCUCGCACCGAUUGAAACGACUCGCAGCAUUCCAGUCCUUUUCAUCCAUGGAAAUGGAAUGACAGCUUCGAAUUUCCUGAACACGCCCGAUGGGCGACCAGGAUGGGCGGACCACUUCUUAGCUCAGGGGUACGAGGUUUACCUCGUCGACCAGCCUUGCCGCGGUCGAUCCCCAUGGCAUCCAGGUGUCGACGGGCGUCGGAGCACAAUGAGUGUCUACACGAUCGAAUCUCGGUGCACGGCGACGGCUAAAUAUAAGCUCUGGCCGCAGGCCGCUCUCCACACUCAAUGGCCGGGAUCUGGAACCAAGGGCGAUCCGGUGUUCGAUGCGUUCUACAAAUCGAUUGUGCCGAACCUCGCGUCAUCGGUGGAAGUUUCGGAGCUGGUGAAGGCUGCAGGGACGCAGCUGCUGGAUAGGAUCGGGCCCGUCGUCCUAGCCACUCAUUCGCAAUCCGGUUUUCUGGGCUGGAUACUGGGAGAUGCACGCCCACAUCUAGUCAAAGCCAUAGUUGCCCUUGAGCCAAGUGGACCUCCCUUUCAACAGGCCAUUUUCGCAUCGACUCCGACCCGUGCAUAUGGCAUUACCGACAUCCCCCUCACCUUCGACCCGCCUGUGUUGUCUCCAUCAGAUCUCACACCAGUCACUUUGGAGCGGACACCGCUUUACACCAAUAUCCAGCAGGCACACCCCGCACGACGGCUGGCGCACCUUGCAGUUUUAUGCGGGACUGCUGCGGUAGACGUUACACACGUCCGCCUUGAAGCCCUUGGGAUUCGUGGUAAUGGCCAUAUGAUGUUCAUGGAGCGGAACUCUGCGGAGAUCGCGGAGGUCGUAGAGAAAUGGAUCUCGAAGGUACUACCUACGAACGAGGGUUGA